AAGAAAAAAUUUACAGUGGGUGACCACGGGCAGUUCUAUUCUGUUUCCAGCGAAAAUCUUCGCAGCAGCAGCUAACUUGCCAACGAAAAAAAACCAAAAUGGCUCCGGGAAUAUGGAAGAGAGAGGCCGAACCCGAUGCCGAUGCAGUGAACCUGCCAGACGCUGCAACCACUUUGGCGACAAGAAUCUUCGGACAUAAGCAUCAUCACCACACAACAACGGCCUCGGAGCUAGAGACAGAAGAAAAUGAAGAACUCUCCAGUACCGCGUCGCCAACGAAGGGCGAGGCGGAAAAGAUCGGCGACAAGGCAGCGGAAAUCACCGAAGCGCUAGCGCACGAGAUGGGCAUUCCGACGUGGGGGCUGGUGUCCAUCAUCAUCGUCGUCCUGCUGAUCAUCCUGGGCAUCUGCGGCUUCUGCAUUCGGCGCUUCUUCCGCAAGCGGCGCUCCAAAGACGGCAAGAAGGGCAUGAAAGGCGUCGAUUUGAAAUCGGUACAAUUAUUAGGUUCAGCAUACAAAGAAAAGGUUCAACCGGACAUGGAAGAACUGACGGAGAAUGCCGAAGAGAAUGACGAAGGCGAGAGCAAACAGAGCGAGCAGAAGCUGGGCAAACUGCAGUAUAAGCUUGAAUACGAUUUCAACGCGAAUGCCUUGACCGUAACCGUAAUCCAGGCGGAGGAAUUGCCAGCCCUGGACAUGGGCGGCACCUCGGAUCCCUACGUUAAAGUCUAUCUACUGCCUGAUAAGAAGAAAAAGUUCGAAACCAAAGUUCACAGGAAAACUCUCAGUCCGGUAUUUAACGAAUCGUUCACCUUCAAGAGCCUUCCGUAUGCUGAAGCCAUGAACAAGACGCUGGUGUUUGCCAUCUUCGACUUCGAUCGGUUCUCCAAGCACGACCAGAUCGGCGAGGUUAAGGUGCCCCUCUGUCAGAUCGAUUUGGCCCAAACCAUCGAGGAGUGGCGGGAGCUGCAGAGUGUCGAAGGCGAAGGCGGUCAGGAUAACAAGCUGGGAGAUAUCUGCUUCUCGCUGCGCUACGUACCCACAGCAGGUAAAUUAACCGUCGUAAUUUUGGAGGCCAAGAACCUGAAAAAAAUGGACGUCGGUGGACUGUCAGAUCCAUACGUUAAGAUUGCACUGAUGCAGAAUGGAAAGCGUUUGAAAAAGAAAAAGACUAGUAUCAAAAAAUGUACACUAAACCCCUACUACAAUGAGUCGUUCUCAUUCGAAGUUCCUUUCGAACAAAUACAAAAAGUGAACCUGGUCGUCACCGUGGUGGAUUACGAUCGCAUCGGUACGUCGGAACCGAUCGGUAAGGUCGUCCUGGGCUACAACGCAAGCGGCACCGAGCUGCGCCACUGGUCCGACAUGCUGGCAUCGCCGAGACGUCCGAUCGCACAAUGGCACACGCUGAAGGACCCCGAGGACGACAAGAAGGACUAA